AUGGAAUCUGGACAGACUGAGCUGCAGAUCGACUUGGGAUCCCAGCUGGAUUUCGUGCCAAGCUUAAAAACUCAGUUCUCGCCUGACGGCACCGUGUUUGCGGCCUUAGUAGAUACAAAAAUCAUCAUCUGGGAUCUGGAGACCCGAGCGGUCCGCCACCAAAUCCCUAUCGACAAGCCUUUCAAGGCUAGUAGCCUAUUCCUUUCGCCCUGUGCGGAUACCGUGGCUUUCCGGAAGAAGGCUUCAACUCUCGUUCUGAUCGAUAUUGCAACUGGGACUCAGGUCAAUGAGUUGUUGCUCGUAUCUGGUCACAUUGCAUUCAGUCCCGAUGGGAAGUACUUGUUAUCGGCAUUCAGAAAUACCGAGCUUUUGGAUCUCAGGAUAAGAGAUCAGCACGGUGACGAAAGACUAUGGAAGAAAGGAGGGCAGAGCUCUGAUGUUCAUCUCUUACCCAAUCCCGAUAAAGCCCUUGUCAUUUUCCACCAAUCUUUGAAUGAAGAGAAACAAUAUCGGGUUGUUGACACAGCCACGAGCGACAGUCAUCGUGACUACAUUUCAGUCAUCGGCUGUUCCUUUUCUGAAGGUUCUCAAAUGGCAGCAUUACUAUUCUCAGACAAACGAACUGUUCGGGUGUGGGGUAAAGAGAAAUCAUCUCCCAUCGUACAGCUUGAAGCAUCUAGGGAUGUAGAGGAGAUUGCCCUCUCAAAGAAUGGACAAUACCUGUUCAUUCUUGAAGGAAGUACUGUACAAAUGUUUGACAUCUAUACUGGGGUGGAGGUCAUAUCCUCUGAAGCUGGGGAUGUCUCGCAUUUUGUAUUUUUUCCAAGAAAUGAGGUGGCGGCAAGGCAGCAGCCUCACAAUCCCUUGUCAUGGGACUUGGAGCACGCAUCCAAUUAUGUUUUUCCUCUUUCCUUUGCACUGACGGGACAUCGGCUUUUUCCGUUUGGUGAUGGCCGCGGGCUUCUCUCCAUUUCUGAGCGUUCCCUCCUAAUCGAAAUAGGCCAUGGUCCGUCCACUAGAACCUCCGAGUACUUGGUGAUCCGAGACACUCAAGGAAGAGAGGUCAGUUCAAUAUUCCUUGUUGAGAAAAUGAACGCAAUGCCCAAACUCACUCCAGAUGGGAAGUAUCUUCUGAUCCCAUCUGGACCCGGUUUGCCUCUCUCCAAAGACAACAUUCGAAUUUGGAACACUCAAGAAUGGAAGGAAAUGCACACUAUUGGGGAUUCGUCAUUUUUUUGGAUUUUCAGCUCAGUGUUGAGGUCUCUCGCAGUGGGUUGUGUGCCGCGUUUAUGGACGUGA